AUUGUCGUAAUGAUUUGAUAGAAGAAACAAAACAACAGAGAUAGAGAGAUAGAGAGAGCAGAAAGUGAAACUGCUUUCGAUCAAAAAAUGGGAAACUCUGCUGGAUUUGGAUCGAAGGCAGCUCCUUCACUCUGAUUCAUCUCUUCGUCAAGUCCCAAGGUGACUCUUUUUCGUCUCUAUCACACUUCUCGAUACAAAAACGGGUCACUGGUGUUAUGCUUUUUCCGCCAAGUGUCGGCAGAUUCAGUCUUGGUUCAAUUCGGACAGUGAAACUAAUUGUAAAGUUCGUAGCUUUGUCUGAAAAAAACUACUCUUUCACUAAUCCUCAGGUUACUAAAUUGACCUUGAGAAGGUUUGAACUGAAUCCAAAAGGUUUUACCUUUUUCGAGUUUGAUGGGGACAGGGAACUCUAAGGAGAAAUGGAGACAGCGGUCUUCAUCAUCGUGUAGGUCAUCUUCAUCACCAUGGGCUUCUCAUCAAUCCUAUCCUCAGUAUCCUCCUCCACCUUCUUAUGCUCCACCUCCUGAGUUUGCACAACCUCCUUCACCUUCGUAUACUACUCAGCCUUACUCUCAGCCGCCGCCUUCUCAAAGUUAUGGCAAUGAUAAGAAGAGGUUGGAGCGCAAGUACUCCAAAAUCUCUGAUGAUUACUCCUCUUUGGACCAGGUGACGAAGGCUCUUGCUCAUGCGGGUCUAGAAUCUUCAAACCUCAUUGUCGGUAUUGAUUUCACUAAGAGCAACGAGUGGACAGGAGCCAGGUCCUUCAAUAGGAAAAGCCUACACUUCAUAGGCAACACUCCCAACCCUUAUGAGCAAGCCAUUGCUAUCAUAGGAAGAACCUUAGCAGCCUUCGACGAGGACAACUUGAUUCCGUGCUAUGGAUUUGGAGAUGCUUCAACGCAUGAUCAAGACGUGUUUAGUUUCAAUCCAGAGGAAAGGUUCUGUAAUGGGUUUGAGGAAGUGCUUGGUCGGUAUAAAGAGAUUGUGCCUCAGCUUAAGCUUGCAGGUCCCACCUCGUUUGCUCCGAUCAUUGAUAUGGCCAUGACUAUUGUUGAGCAGAGUGGUGGCCAGUAUCAUGUCCUAGUGAUUAUAGCAGAUGGGCAGGUUACAAGAAGCGUUGACACUGAAAAUGGACAGUUAAGUCCGCAAGAACUGAAGACUGUUGAUGCUAUCGUGCAAGCAAGUAAGCUUCCUCUAUCAAUUGUCUUGGUCGGCGUAGGGGAUGGACCAUGGGACAUGAUGAGGGAGUUUGAUGAUAAUAUUCCCGCCAGAGCUUUUGAUAACUUCCAAUUCGUCAACUUCACAGAGAUCAUGGCAAAGAAGAAAGCUCAGUCAUUAAAGGAAACAGAGUUCGCUCUGUCUGCUCUCAUGGAGAUUCCUCAACAGUACAAGGCCACCUUAGAGCUUAGCCUUUUAGGGAGAAGAAAUGGGAAGAUCGCGGAACGGUUCCCACUUCCACCUCCAAUGCAAGGUGGAGCAUCGUCCUACAACAAGCCAAAUGCUAAUCGUGUUCCAAGUUUCAAACCGAGUGUACCUUCUUAUCCAAGUGAAAGCUAUACUGUAAGGUCUAGUCCUGCGCCACCCGCUACAACCUCAGCUUCUGAUAACCAGAUAUGUCCGAUUUGUUUGAGCAAUCCUAAAGACAUGGCAUUUGGUUGUGGACAUCAGACUUGUUGCGAGUGUGGACCUGAUCUUCAAGUGUGUCCAAUUUGCCGUGCACCGAUCCAGACAAGGAUUAAACUCUACUAACGAGUAGAGAUCAGAUCGACAACCCUUCUCUACUUGUUCAUCUUCUUACAAUAUAUUUUGGGAAUUUAGUUUGAUAUAACUUACUGAGGUUUCUCCGAGAAUGAUCGGAUCUUUCAUGUAAAAAGAAUAUAUGUGUUAACUGUAUUCGUUUAUUCACUCUGCUUUGAGUAAAAAAAUGCUGUUAUCAGUGUGUGA